CUAAUGUGCUUAUGGCUCUUGCACCAUAUUUGUUUGAUGAUUUCUUUAUUAUUACUUUCCAUUUGUCAGACAAAUACGAAGUCUCUAUUUUUCAUGGUUCAAAAGUUAUGGCGAAGUUUAAAGUUUGAAGACAAAAAGCGAUUUUUAGCAUAUAGGUCAAAGUAAAGGUCACAAUGUCAUUGACAAUGGUAUCAUAGGAAAGAAUUUUAUUAGUGGAGUAUCCAUACUAAAUUUGAAGUCUCUAUCUUUCAUGGUUCAAAAGUUACGGCGAAGGUUAAAGUUUGCAGAAAAAAUCUAUUUUAAGCAUAUAGGUCACAGUCAAGGUCACAAAGCCAUUGCCCUUGGUGUCAUUUGAAAGAGCUUAAUUAGAGGAGUAUGCCUACCAAAUAUGAAGUCCCUUCUCGGGCUGAUAUAGGAUGCGAUAUGGAAAAGGCUAUAAAUCCACCAAAACGGGAAUGGGACCACGAACCGGACAAAACAGACCAAGAAUUGGGAGCUGAUAUUGAAAGGGUGCAUUUAUCGUGGAAUAGAUAUUUUGAUGGGGAGACCGAAUUUGAUGACCUGAACGAUUUAUAUCAAAGAAUGCUCUGCAGAUUUGGAAAACUUAAAAAGAAAGAACUUAGCCAUUUUCAUUUGCCUGAAGAAAAAAUAUCUCCAAGUGUUUACCUGACCCGGCAAGAGAAGUAGAGACUUUGAUCGUCAGAAGAAACGAAAAAAGACAGUAAUGGAAAUCUUGAAGGACAGUUGUAUUUGUUGUGAUUUGUUUUAGGUGACAUAGUUGUCUAAAACAUAUUGAUAAAUUUUACAGAAUAUUAAGCUGGAUCUUGGAAUGGAGGGAGGAAGUUAAAAAGAGUAACGACAUCUUUAUCGAAGACAAAAAUA